ACACCUGACCUUUCAAACCAACAAACCCUGAACGUACGAAAGUCCUGCGCAGCGAAUGUCUUUAUCUUUUGCAGUCGGCGAGCGCAUCUUAUGCUAUCAUGGGCCCCUCGUCUACGAGGCUAAAAUACUAAAAUCAGAGACAUGGGACGAAACCAACACCAAACUCCCCACAGUAGGCCCCCAUUUCUUCGUGCACUAUAAGGGAUGGAAGCAGACGUGGGAUGAAUGGGUGCCUAUCACACGGCUGCUCAAGUUCAAUGACACGAAUGUGCAGUUGCAGAAAGCACUGAUGGCACAGGCCAGCGCAGCUGCAUCUACCUCGGGGUCGUCCACAAAAGGGAAGGCCCAUGGCGGGGGUUUGAUGAAGGACGGUAGCUCCUCACGCGGUGGCGGGCUUGGGCGUAAGGAUGGUAGAGGAACAAAGAGAGGGAGAGAGGAGGACGAUAGCAGCAAGAAGCCAGAAAUGAAACUCAAUGUCCCAGAGGUGCUGAAAGUACUGCUUGUGGACGAUUGGGAGGCGAUCACAAAGAACAGCCAGCUAGUAUCCGUACCACGAAGGCCAACAGUCGUUGAGAUCCUCAAGGAGUUCAAAGAUUAUGUGAUAGGACUUGGAAAAAAUACAACGUCAGCUCCUCUAUCGGGAAUCUUCAGUAUUCUGCUAACUCGAGCGCCUUCCAGCCUUCGCGAGCCUGAACUCGUCCUGCCAACAAUAAUUUCAGGGCUCCAAGUCUACUUUGAUCGAUCGCUCGGCGCAAACCUUCUCUACCGUUUUGAGCGUCCACAGUAUGCCGAGAUCCGCAAACAGUAUGUCACGGGUCCCAAGGUGCAGGUUGGCCAGGAGAAAGACAUGAGCGCCAUAUAUGGAGCAGAACACUUGCUUAGGAUGCUUGUGAGUUUACCACAGAUGGUCGCCAGUUCCACGAUGGACGCGGAGAGCGUCGGACUAGUGAGGGAUUAUGUCAACGAGCUUUUAAUGUUUAUGAUGAAUGACCGCAGUCGGCUAUUUUUGAUAGAGUACGAAAGCUCAAGUCUGCAAUAUCAAAAUAUCUCUCGAUCAUAAUUCAUUGACGUUAUUCUUGUGUACAUGCCAUUACUCGCAAACUUAAUCACCUACGUCCGCCUUCGAUCAAAAUUUACGCCAACUGUGGGGUCUGCUAGUCCAACUAUAUCAGUCUGAUAAGCAGAAUACAAGGACUCGACGACAUUGACUAGCU